AGUUGCCCAGCCCUCGCUCGCUAUUUGCAGAACAAUGCAGGCUUGAUGUGCGCAUGCUGAGGGAAAGCGCGGGAGGGAAAACGCGCCAACCGUACGCCAGUCUCGGCCCGCGAGCGAAGCCGGUCGCGCGCCGAAGCUAGCCGCCACGUUUGCGCCCUGGCGCUCGACGUACGCCGCGCUCGUCGCGGUGUUACGUUUUCCGAAUCGACCGCAGAUAACACGGCCAACGUGACAGAAAUUCAGUGUCAAAAGGUGCGCGUACGCGAAUUCUACAUCGCGAUGCAGCGUUGCCCCUACAUCCACGAGAUGAAGGAGCGGCUGCUUGGCGCACCAGCUGACGGAAUCGAACGUGAUAAAGAUCAAUCCCGUGAUCAAGUGGAUCACGCCCCAUCCCCACCAGACAACCAGGUCGGCACCAUCGUCAAACUGAAUUCCGACGGGUACGGAUCACAUACUUCGCCGGCACGCGCUCCACUCGUCACUGACGAGUGUGAGGUGCCGGCGGAUGAAACUGAUGCUCUGACACCCACCGAGGCAAUACUGCGGUAUAGAGCCUGCUGUCAGCCCAAUACAAGACCUAAAAAUGCCAAAACAUCUCUGUUCAUCAUCUCCAGCUUCAUCUACGCGAAGCUAUUGGUGGUUGUCUGCAUUGCAUAUGUCAUCAGCGAUGUGAUAACCCACAACCUUCCCCUCUACUAUUAUGAGGGUUUCUUUACGUACCUAUACGGAAUGAGUAUUCUCUUCCUAUUGUACGUCUUCUGCUUCUUACUUCAAGAAAGUUCAUGCUGCAACGGAAGUCCUCCCAAGCCGAAACCACCACCAAAGGAAAAGAAGCCGAAGAAAGAGAAGGAAAAGAAAACCAAAGAAACAAAAGAUGGUAAAGAUGGAAAGAAAGAUAAGAAAGACGGAAAAGCCAAGGACAAAGAUAAGGAAAACGAUAAAUCAACCAAAGAUAGCAAAAAACAAAGCUUCCAGGAGGUGUAUCCCCGUAAGAUGCGUGAUAAAGUUCGACAACAGGAAAUACAAAUGGCGCUAUUGUAUGCCUCCGAACAGCAACAAGACGUCGUGGAGCUGGAAGCCGGCCCAGUCGCUAGACCAGUACGCAGGCGCAAGACUUCGCAGAAUGAUCACAGCCAUGGCAGUUUCUUCCUUAGAAUAGGAGCUAUCGCUUUUGGUCUCGGAACAAUGAUUUAUAAUGGGCUGGAAUUCGGGACAUUCUUUGAACUACCGCUGACAUCUCCGUGUUAUCUUAUCUUGAAAGGAGUAAACCCCGUUUUACAAAUGGUUUUCACUUUCAUGCAGAUGUAUUUUAUUUUUAUGAAUUCUCGUCUUAACAUUCAUCGAUUCAAAGUUAUCGCUCGAUUCGGUCUGAUGCACGUGGUCGCAACGAACAUCUGCGUUUGGAUUCGCACCUUGGUACUCGAAUCUCUGAAGGAAAUCACAGACUACCACUUAAAGAAUCCUCAAGGAGUUCCCGGAGAAGGCGUACUCGGAAUUAAAACUGUAUUAAAAUUUGCAGAAGCCAUUCGUAAGCAAACUUUGAGACAUGCCGGUCGUGUCCUUGGUGCUGUAACAACGGCUGCUACCACUGUUGCAUCUACUGCGACCACUACUGUUAAAUCCGCAGCAAUUACAGCAGCAACGUCUACAGCUUCGACCCCGACUACAACUCUUACCACCACUACUCAUACCUCAUAUUACUUUGGUGGCGCUUUCACUCCUAAAUCAAAGUUCAUCGACGUAAUAAAGAGCACGAUAGGGUACGACAAGAAUCAGAACCAUGGGCUUAGAGGUUCGUGGCCGAAUGAUAACCCGUUCACCACGUACGCAUCGAUCACACCCGGGACGAAACCGACUCAAACUCAGACAGCCAUGUUGGAAGUUUUCCAAUGGCUAUAUACUUCUACGGUGAAACCUAUUGUUAGUACGGUAUCCAAUUUGGUGCCCACAACCCAAGAGAGUUUUGGAUACGAUAGAGAUGUUUGGGGAAAUAGUGUCGAAACUUAUCGUGUCGAUGAACCACCACAUUCAGCAGCGGACAAUGCAUCGGAAAUAUUUGAGUCUUUCGAUACCUUGAACCCAGCUGCCUUGAUCGCUAAUAUUGAUAAUACGAGUGUGUGUGGAAGGAAUCCGAUAAUGGGAACGAUUGUCACCGACUCCGCACCAUAUCUUUACCCCUUCAUCAUUGAAUAUUCUCUCAUCGGCGCCGCAGUUAUCUACGUCAUGUGGAAGCAUAUUGGCCGCUAUCCCGGAGUUGCCAAUGACGAAGAUCUGGAAAGACGUCUGGAGGCUGUUCUAUCCCGCAGGGCGGCAGCAAUGGCAGCGGCGCAACGCGGCAACCGCGUAGACUGCGCAGGCGCAUCUAAAGGCCUCUUCUGCGGCUUGCUGUUCUUGGUGGCAUCACUCAUCUGCUUGAUUCUCUUCUUCGUGCUGAUCAGACACCAAGAUUUCAAGCGUCUAUCGAUUUACUUGGCGGAUGUGUCUCACUGCGCGCUGAUGGUGCUUUCUAUUCUGGCAAUUCUAAUUGGAUUUAUACGUGGUAGUAAAAUGAGAUGGAGCGCAGAUCCUCCCUCCUAUACCGAGCCUAUUCACAGGGUGCAAUCGUUGAAGUUCCGUUCUGAAGAGCAGUCGGACUUGAACGAUAUCCUCCUACGCGUGUCGGCGUUUGGACUGUUCACAUACGCCGUGUUCAGUGUAAUUGCUGGUGGAAUGGGAGCCUUCACCCACGAACCAAACCUUCUUGUAAUGAUCACCGGAUGCUUGAGCGUACUACAGGUGAUUCUUCAACUGCUCUUCAUUGCGGAUGUGUCCAGGCGUCGAGUACAUCUUCCAGAACAAGAGCGCAGCAAGCCAGCUCGUCAAGCCGUUACCUUCCUGCUCAUCUGCAACGUUACCAUGUGGCUCAUAUACACCGUUGAGGCUCAGAAAGUUCUGGCUAACCCGGUCCAAUUGGACUUCUAUGGAUUCGUCGCCUGGUCCCUCGUACAACGAUUCACUCUGCCCCUCUGCAUAUUCCAUCGCUUCCACUCCGCCGUGACCCUCGCCGAGAUCUGGAAGACCAGCUACAAAGCUCGACUUGAGUGAAUACCCAUCCAUUAAAAUGGAUGUAAUAAGAUGUGUGGCGAUAUAUAAGCUUUAGUUGCCGAUACGAUAUGAGGGUUUUACCGAUUUCGUCCUUAUCCGGGACAGCAAUUGUAGUUUUUCGAUUUCAAUCUAGGUAUAUUUAGCGCAGGUAGAACGUCAGGUUAAACUCCCGGAUAUAGCCUAUGAGGAACAUUGGAAACAGACACAACACGACCAAUAAAAUUUAACAAAACCAAUUAAUUCUUUUUAUACCUUUAUAAUUCAAAUCACAUUCCACUUACAGUUUUAUUUCGAAGACUGAUGAACAUUUAAUACGUAUAAUGCUCAUUAAAUAAAUCAGAAUUUGUUGUGAAUGGUUCCCUCCUUUAUCCAUUUUGAUAAAUUUGACAAUAUUUUCAUUAUUAAUAAAUUUCGUUUAAAUAUACUACCAAAAUCAAACUCAGUUAUUGAGUAAUUUGGUUUUGUAAUUUAAAAAUUAUACUCGAUUUCGUACGGAUAAUGGUAGUAAUUGUAUUGGGUGGUUGAAAUACUUCCAUAUAUACAGUAUACAGUCUAUCAGCUAACUAUGACGGCCUAGUGCCAACAAUAUACCUAUGAAGAAUCCACGGCAACCUAUAAAUAAUUUAAUAAAUGAAACAUCUUAAAGGGUCUUUGUUACAACGGAAUAGAUAAAUAUGAUUGGAUCCAAAUAUCUUCGAGAUGAGGUCGUUUUUUGACAGCUUAGUGCUAACCUUUUAAAUGCCUCCACUUAGAACCCAAACGAAUCUACCAUUAUUUACACGGUUUUAAGAAAGUUAUCAGAAGUAACAAAGACUAUUAAUAAUGGCCAUUGCUAAGGCCUUCAACAAACACGACGUUCUCCAAUUUAAUAAAGUAGUUGCGUAAGCAUUAUAAUAUUAAAGUUUCAAAAAUUUAUUAGCAAACAUAUUUGAGAUAAGUAGAAUAUGGAUGUUACGUACGAAUAGUAUUUAGAUGUUGUAAGUACUUAAUAAGCAGAACAUCAAAACACAAGGAGUGCAGGAAUAUGACGGACACUGCUUAACCACAUUGAGUAUAAAUAUUUUGAUUGCAAGGGGCCAUACAAUACAGUUUUUUUAAUACAUCGCUCACAUUUUAUAAGCUCUAUAUUUAGCAUUGAAAUUGUAUAAAUCUAGUAUUGUAUUUGCUGAAAGGGUAAAAUUAAUUGUUGACGUUUUGUGUAAAUUUCGCCAAUCUACGAACGAGAUAAACAAAAUUAUAUAAAAUUCUGUUGCAUGAAAUGUCUUUACAAAUAUUUUCGUAACAACCUUAAUGUGCAAUCUAUUUUUAUAAGCUGUCUAUAUAAUUUACUUAGGUAUUGUACCUAUAAUGGGUUUAUUAUUGUAUUACUUACACGAAGGCGUCAAGCGCUAUAUCAUUAUGUUAUGUACGGAUUGUGUAUAAAUAGAUCUUAAAAUAUUAUUUAAUAAUAUAUUUAUUUAAAAUUUAAGGAUCUUAUUAUAGUUUCGGAGAGUGUGUGCUCACCUUGUGAGAUGCGAGUGAAUGUAGUUUUGGGUGCAUUAUUAUAAUACAAAUUUUAGAUGAAAUUAAAAUUGGCGUCAAAAAUUAUAGCUUAUCCUUUGUGGAGGCUACUCGGUGAAUGUUCGAUAUUAAAAAGAUUGCGUGUUUGGCUUGGUUUUAUCACUGCCGGUAUUUUUAACACUUAUUAGUAAGCCCUUUUAUAACUCUAUACGAUUUCUAACUUACAUUUUGUAGGUAAUAUUUACUGUGUACCUAAAGUUUGGAAAAUGUACCGAUAUUUGUAUCUUAGGUUUAUCAAAUUAUGUGGUUUUCUCGAUGUUAAAUUAGAUACUUACCAAGAAUAAAUGUUUGGAAUCUCUACUUUAAAAUAUUAUAAAAUAUAAAUGUCUAUUUGAGUAAAUUAAAUAAUUAAUGAUAACAAUU